GGGUACCACUCAGGCGCCAAGCCUUGUCCGCAACCACGCAUGGGGAUUGCUGGACUCCGCGCCUGCGCAUAUGUAUUUCUAUGACUUCCGAUACACAAGGAACACCAAGGUCUAACAGCGGCCCCGACAGAAUAAUCUACACCGCGACGUGUCAGAGUAGUUUUCUUCGCCUGGCUGCCCCGCUUAGUGCUGCAGAAUUGUUGGGGUUUUCAGUCCUCUCCUCAGCCUGCGAGAAUGCCUGCUGCACUUGCAGAUACGAGUCAGAUUAUCUGCGAGGUCUGGGCGAGUAACGUAGAGGAGGAGAUGAGGAAGAUCCGACAGAUCGUUCAGACCUUCAGCUACAUCGCCAUGGACACGGAGUUCCCUGGCGUGGUGGUCCGGCCCAUCGGGGAGUUCCGCAGCACAGUGGACUACCAGUACCAGCUGCUGCGCUGCAACGUGGACCUGCUCAAGAUCAUCCAGCUGGGCCUGUCCUUCAUGAACGAGGACGGAGACUACCCUCCAGGGACCACCACGUGGCAGUUCAACUUCAAAUUCAACCUCACAGAAGACAUGUACUCCCAGGACUCCAUAGACCUGCUGCAGAACUCGGGCCUCCAGUUCAAGAAGCACGAGGAGGAGGGCAUCGACACGCUGUACUUCGCGGAGCUGCUCAUGACGUCGGGGCUGGUGCUGUGCGAGAACGUCAAGUGGCUCUCCUUUCACAGUGGAUAUGACUUUGGCUACCUGGUGAAGCUUCUGACCGACACAAGGCUCCCAGAGGAGGAGCACGAGUUCUUCCAGAUCCUCAACCUCUUCUUCCCGGCCAUCUACGACGUCAAGUACCUGAUGAAGAGCUGCAAGAACCUCAAGGGGGGUCUCCAGGAGGUGGCUGACCAGCUGGAGCUGAAGAGGAUUGGGAGACAGCACCAGGCUGGGUCUGACUCUCUGCUCACUGGGAUGGCCUUUUUCAGGAUGAAGGAGCUUUUCUUUGAAGACAACAUCGACGACGCAAAGUAUUGUGGGCGAUUGUACGGCCUGGGCUCGGGAUCCACCCAAAACCAGAACGGCAUAUCGAGCUCCGCCCAGGAGGAGACCAACAACAAGCACUGACCGACAGACAACCUCCUCCUCCAGUCAGCCAGCCAGCCAGCCAGUCAGGACGCUAGCUAGUGAGGCCUGUGGAUUCCGCUCCUGUUUUAACCCACCCAGCAGGCGUUUCUCACCCCUGCGCCCUCACUCCCCCGGGGGGGAAACUUCGAUGACGAAUUUCUAUAUUCCAAUCCACCAGCUCUGCAGACGGACACUGGUUUCAGCCCCAUCCACAACACACUGACUCUCCAGCUGAACCCAGUUCAUUCUGUCCUGGUUCAGAACCCCCCUCCCUCCCCUCCCCACUCGGACAUUACCCCCCCCCCCCCCAUCACCCAUUGAGAAAGAACCACCUUCAGGAAAAAAACCUUUUAUCUUUGUUUUAAAAGCAUCGCAGUUAUAAUACCCUUCUUUUUUUUUUAAAGCAUGGGACCAGCUCUUGUGUAUUGUACUGCGACAAUGAGAAGCGUAGCGUUUGGAACUGCCCUGUGGCCAUUCUCAUCUGAAUUCCUGCUUAACAACAACCACAACUUCAGUUAGUAGUCCUAAAACUGUACCCCCCCCCACCACCACCACCACCACCACCAUCCCCCCCCCCCCCCCUGUGAGAUACAUGCUUGUACUUGAGAUUGUACAAUUUUAAAUGAUGCUGGGAAGGUAUGUAAAUUAAAAUGUAAAAUUUCCAUGAAGACAACAUGUUUUUAGUGUUAUUCCUCAGAGGAAGGAGUUUUAGCUGGGCGAGGUGUGAAUGUGGAACAGGGGCGACUGCAGUUCUGUUACAGGAUUUUCUUUCUCUUGAUUUUACUUUUUUUUGUUCUUCUGCCGAGUUGGAACAGAUGUUCGUGGUUGAUAUUGUUUUUACAUCAUACAUUGUUUGAAACAGUUGUAUAUUAAAACAUUUUCUAUUUUCAAUGUGAAAGU